UUUGAACCUUGACAAAUGAGAAAUAAAAUAUUGUGAAAUUGAGCGCGAUUUGUGUUGACAACAGUUAUUGUUUUGUUGUAAAAUUGUCAAAACAUUAUUUACAUCUCUUCGUAAAUGUCGUGUUGUAAAUGGAAACAUGUGAAACUGUUAAUUAUUGGUGUAGAGCCUCAAUCUGAGACAAAAGCACCAGAAAAGGCUGAGCUAACUUUAAAUAUGGUAUAGACCAAGGCAAAACAGAGUUGUUAUAUAAGUGAUAACUCUGAGAAGAUACUGGUCACAAGAAGAAGCAACAGAACAAUUCAUUAGGAGAACUGUGAUGCAGCUAUGUGAUAAGUGAGUCAGUAUGUGCACUGUGUGGUCUCUUGAGAGAAUCUUCUCUGAUGACGUAAACUAUGAAGGAGAAAGACACGAAAAGAUCGUGCUAAAUGAAUCUCUAGAUUGUUACAGAGUUGGAAGGGCACGAUAUAAUGAAAUCAAUUGCCUAUCAACGUAUGUAUCAAGGUCUCACUGCAAUAUUGUGAAGAAAGACAAAGGAUUAUACAUAAUAGAUGGUGGGAGCUCAAAUGGAACCUACAUAAAUGGGUCCAGAAUUCUUCCUAAUCGAGAAAUUCCUUUAGAAGCUGGAGAUUUGAUUGGUUUGGGAGUUCCAGAAAUUAUAGACGCCAGGUGUUAUAUAUAUGCACUGCGCAAGGAAUUCAGUGAGCUCAAGAAUGAAGAAAAUAUUAUUGUCCUCUCGGAUACAGAUGUGGAUGAUUAUGAAGGAGUUGUCUCUGUUAAACCACUACAAUGCAAUACAGAAGUACCGAGACAAGCAGCCACUGUUGAAGAAAAUCGGCUACUUUCUGAAACUCAAGGUGAAUGCAUUACCCGGAAGCGACCCAGUGACAUCUCUCAUGAUGUGCCAAGCAAAGUGCCCCGAAAAAGUGGUCCAGAAAACAAUCAAGUGAUAGACAGUGCUACGAGUGACGUGUAUAGGUCUGAUUGUAGUGUUAUAAAAGAAGAACCCUAUGUUAAUAACAAUAAUAGUGCAAUGAGCUGUGAUAUAAUCAAAGAGGUUACAGAUAUUACAUGUAUGAAAGAAACUCUUGCUGACAUUACACGUCAGGUGGAAUCAGAUGCCUUCAUUCACGGUGCUACUGAUAAAAUGCUUGUAAAUAUCACUGAUGGAAAUCGUGUAACAGAGAGUACUGUGAGUACCUCAGUCAUCUCAGAUGGUAUUCUUUUAAGUGAGAGGUCAGAAAUUACUGACAGUUGUGUGAAAUCCAGCGAAGAGUGUGCGGACAGAACUUAUAAGAGAGGUUCACAAACUGGUUCUACUUUUAACUUGAAAUCUGAAAAUGAAGGUAAUGUGGACGGUGUUAUUGAAAGCAGGGGCAUUCAUGUUGUGAACGAUGAUGGUAAUAAUUCUCAAAUUGAUUCUGUUCUUGCGAAGCACACAGUUGAAGAUACAUCUCUCAGAAGUAUUAGAAGCUCAGAUCAUAAAGAAAUUUUAGAACACUCACUUAGUAACAUUUGUGCACCAGAAAAAGUUUUUAAAGAACCAUUUAGUAAGGCAAAUAGUGAAACAAAUAGUUCAAAAUCCAUAGGUGUCCAUUCGACAAACAGUACUUUUCAUACAAACAUUUCAAGUGAUAGCAGUGAAGAUAAACACAAAUUAGUUUCUUUGAGCAGAAUUGAAUCUAAAUCCAUAGACCUGCCUUCGACAAACAGUACUGCUCUCACAAAUGUUUCAAGUGGUAGUAGUAAAGAGAAACAUACAUUACCUUCUUUAAGCAGAACUGAACCUCUAGCAAAAAGGAAGGAAAUAUUUGAAAAGUCUUGUAAAUCUGACUAUGGAGAGACAAAUGCCUGCCAAGAUAUGGAAAAAGUUCCAUGUCAGAAGGACCAAAGUGCUCUAAAAUUGAAAGACUUGGUGAUUAAGGUUGAAAAACUAUCUGAAGCAGAAGUGAAACAACACCAGAUCAAUGAAAAUACUGCUAAUGAAAAUGCUAAUGCAGAUGAAAGCAUGUUAAAUUAUACUUUAGAUGAUGACAUUAUUGUUAUAAGUGAUGAUGAGGAAAUGUUUCCAAGUUCUCAGCUAUUUAAUGAACCAUUACUUGUUAAACAGGAAGUACUGGAAGAAAAUGAUAUCUCUUGCACCACAACUGAUGCCCAUCAGGAUGAUAUGGAAGCUAUAGACUGUGACAUUGGUGGAAUUACGAUUCCUAUUGAUGAUGAUAGUGAUGAUGAUGGGGAUGGGGAUAAUUGGUUCAGAAAACUUUCACAGACAUAUCAUGAUUCCAUAAGUGAUGAGGAGCUAGAGAUUAAGAAAGAAGAUAAGAUCUCGAUACAUCCAUCAGAGCAUGAUAAAAAUAUUGAGGAGAUAAAUAAAGUUACUGAGUUAGUUGGAACUUCAGUAAAGGAUGACGUAUUUGAGGAGACUCGUGCACAAGAGGAAGAUGGCGAUGUGACACGAGAAUUUUAUACCAAACCGCAUCUAGAAUCUGGUCCUAGUAUAAGUGACAAGUUUGAAACAGAACCUUGUGAUGAAGCGCAUGCUAGUAAUAUGUUACUUGAUUUGCCAGAUGAGGGACAAAAUGAUGUAGUGUCCAACAAAAAUUUUCAGGAUCUUGCUGACAAAAGAGAUUAUGAGGAAACAGCCAGUGAAAAAUCAAAGGGAAUAAUCUCCAGGAAACCUAUAAUAAUUGAAGCACCACAUAUGAAGAAAGUGAGAUCUCGUGAAAGAUUACCACCUUCCAGCAAAAUGAAGCCCAAGGAGCAGAAAGCAGUUAGCUUGGAUAUUUGUGCUUCUGCUCCACACAGGGAGUCAAGUUUAAAACAGAAGAGGCUGUCAAAGAAAAAGAGAAACAGUUCUUCAAAUGCGAGUGCCAUUCCUCUAAAUGAAAAGAAGGAAAUUACAGAAGCACGUAAGAAACGCUUAAAGGAAAUUGCAGAAAAUAAGAAAAAAGAUGAAGACACCAAAGAAGUUAAACGAAAUGCAACUCUACGAGUUAAAGUUACAGAAAGAAAUAGAGGAGCGUUUCUGACUGAAAGUCUUCCUAUCUCAUCUGCCAGAUCAGGUAAAGAAGAAAGUAACUCUGGGAAGAAAUUUGUGAAGGAUGAUGUGUUAAAUAUUUCUCGGACUGAAUCACUAUGUGAUUCUAGUAAAACAGGUGCAUCCUCAAGCACCUCUGCCAUACCAGAAAGUGUUCAGGCAGUAGUGGAGGGUAAAACUUCAAGUACGGAACUGAGCGGAAAACAUAGAGAAAGUAAAUCAUCUAAUAAGGAACCAGAGAAAAAGAUAAGUUCAUUGCCUCGUAUACCUCGCUUGAGAACAUUAUCUUCGGGUCCAAAAGGUUGUGAUCAAAUUUCACCUCUCCAAGACUCACCACAGAAGUGCACUCGUGCUAGUAACAGUGCUGUUAGUACAAGUACUUCUGCAAAUGCAGAAACUUUGUUGACAACAAAAACUCCAAAGAAGAAAAGAAUAGCUAGAGUAUCCAGAACAAAUAAAGCUGCAAAUGAAACUGCCCCUCAGAAAUCUUGUUUAAAACAAAUUGGGAGCACUUUAUUAAAAACAUCCCAAAAAAGUAAACAUGUAUCUUUCAGCGGAAAUUUGACACAUGUAAAAAUUUUUGAGAUACAAGACGGUGCACACCUUAGGCCAGUAGGGUCGAUAAAAGAUGCUCCUCUACCUAACUUGCCACCUCUAAACAGAGGGACUGGCAGUUCAGAAAGUGAAUCAUUUUUAAAUGAGGUCAUCAACAUAAUUUGUCAGUGGAAUCCUAAAUGGUUGGAGGAACAGAAAGUUAAUAGUGUUCCUCCCCCAUUGACAUCGAUGAAGCUGUAUCCGAUGUUGAGUUAUUUUAAAACAUAUGAAGACUAUAAAAAAGUACUGCUGCCUUUAAUGUUACAUGAUGUAUGGGAAUCAAUAACCAAAGAUAUGGAAGGAACAAAGAAUGCUGGCAGGUCAGGAACUAAGAUAUUUAUGUUGGAGGAAGUAACUGCAACAGUCGGUGGCUUGGUGUGUCUAACUUGCUCAGCUACUUUAUCACACCAGGAACUACUACAGAAUCAUCAUCCUAAAUUUGGAGACCUGUUGCUUGCAGAAGCCCAGGUACAGAACAGUGGCCCUAUUUCUGACAUUACCGCAUCACAGGACUUUCGAGGAGGACGCUGUUUUGCAAAUGCCUUUGCAUAUGUACAAAAUAUGAACACAGAGAGGUCCAGCAGAAAUACAUUCAAUCAGUCAUUCAAGACUUCAUUCCAGUCACAGCAAACACAGCAGGAAGUGAGGCUGAUUCUCAGGCUACUUGUGAAAGCAAGAGCCUAUAAAACAGGCACAAACUUAAGAAUAAAGAUAAUUUCAUACCUUCGGUCUGACUUGAGACAGUUCCAGGCUUUGGCAGUAGUGCCUAAAUCACCUUUGUGCCGACAUAUCUUGAGUCCUAAUUUAAGAGACUAUCACUUACCACAUGUUGAAGGGAAUAAAUUGUGGACAAAGGAAAACUUAAAUGAGAAGCAGGCAGAGAUUAUUCUAAAGUGUGCAGAAGUUUGUAGACAUCAGGAACCAAAAGUGUGUCUAAUACAGGGUCCACCAGGGACAGGGAAAUCAACAGUAAUAAAAAACUUAGUAAUGCAGAUUUUAUAUGGAAGAAAUGAUUACAGACGAAACUGGCGCAAGGCAAAUCACAGAUGCCCCAGGAUAUUGCUUUGUGCCCCUUCCAAUGCAGCUGUCGAUGAGCUCGUUGAUCGACUUUUAAUUAUCAGACAAGCUAUGCCAAAGGAAGAACGAUUCAAAAUGGUCCGUGUUGGCAAAACAUUGCGGCCUUCAGUCCAUGCCAUUUCACUUGAUGAACUGGCAAAGAAAGACGUCAGGAACGCAGUUGAAAACUUGAGUGGGGAUCCAGAAAGCCUGGAUCUUGAGUUUCGCUGUUUGGAUGCAAAGGAGAAAUCGUACCAAAUGGCUUAUGAAUCACCUGGUAUCACAGAAGUUAGUAGACAAGCCCUUACUGCUAAAAUUGCUGCUGUACAAGCAAAGAGAAAACUUCUGGAACAGAAACGUUAUGAGACAAGUUCAAGCUCAAAUCGAUCCAAGCAGUUAGCAGAUGAGCGCAUGGCACAGAUUAAUAUAUUAAGAGGAGCUGAUGUUAUUGCAACAACACUUAACUCCUGCUUCAGUGUUCAGAUGGAAGGAAUCUUUGGACUGAAUGCCAAGGAACGAAUUCAGUUGACAUGCUGUAUAGUUGAUGAAGCAACGCAGUGUAGUGAACCAGAGUCUCUAAUACCAUUACUUCUUGGCAUUAAUUGCUUGGUGUUAGUGGGUGAUCCAGAACAACUUCCAGCCACUGUCAUUUCACAGGAAGCAAAGAAGCUUGGUCUUGGACAAUCUAUGUUUGCUCGUCUCCGUAGCUGUUUUGAGAGCCAAGAGAAGACUGCUGUGCAGAUGCUGAAUGUACAAUACAGGAUGCACCCAGAAAUUUGUCUUUGGCCAAAUCAAUAUUUCUACAUGAAUCAGUUGGAGAAUUCACCGGGCAUAGCAGAACGACGGCGCAGUCCUUUGUUACCAUAUGUCAUUCUCUCUCUCCAGCACACUCAAGAUAGAUCUGGGCAGAUAAGGAAUCCCGGUGAGGCAGCAUUUGUAACAAAACUCGCAAGACUGGUUGUUAAUUCCACUUCAAGGAAAAUGCGUGUAGGAAUAAUUGCUCCCUACAACAAACAACGUCAAGAGAUUUUUAGUCAGUUUCAAAGUUGCCCAAUAUCUGAGAUGAAUCUGAUUGACGUGCACACGAUAGAUAGUUCCCAGGGACUGGAACGUGACAUUGUUAUCAUUUCAUGUACAAGGACUGAUGGAGUUGGUUUCUUGACCAAUACUGAACGUCUCAAUGUUGCAGUGACAAGAGCACGCUAUUCUUUAAUAAUAUGUGGAAACUUCACGUCCCUGAAGACUGAUAACAUGUGGAAAUCGUUGAUAACAAAUGCUGUGGAGAGAAAAUGCUUUAAAACAGUCUUACCCACAAUGAGUGACACAGAUAUCUUAAGUUUAAUUAUGAGCACUCCUCACUGAUGAACAUACAUCUCAUCUGUGGUUUUAAUCAACUUUCUUGCUGUAUUUUUUAUGUGUUGUUCCAAAGUAAGACAUGGAGCUGCAUUACUGUGCGGGAAUAUGACAAACUAAUACUAUUUUAAACUGUUGAGUUCCUAAUCUCACAAAAUAAGUGAAGCAACUGCUGCAGUGUUGAGUUUGUUUUAACCAUUGUUUCAGAACAAUAAUUGGACCUUGAAGUUUGCCGUAUGUUUUAAUAUAAGAGCUAUAAUUUGGAAAUUUGCUGGAAGUAUUUCAUCAUUAUGAUUAACAAUUUGUUUUUAAUGUUUAACAAUGAACACUACAUUAUUUUUAUAUCAUUGUACAUCAAGUUUUAUUACCAUUGAGUGCCAUAAAAAUAUACUUCUCAUAACUUUUGUGUCAUAUUAAAUUUGUAAAACAAAUUUUGUAUGAUAACCAGCAAGUUUCUUUACCUGAUGUAAAUAUGAU